CCCUAGUCCUGCUACGCUGGCUGACGCUCCUGGACAUUUCCGGGGUUGUAUCUGGACUCGCUUCCAAUUUCCCUAGGGCUGUCGCAGGUCAGCUCUGCAAAAGCGCCAGAAUCACGUUCGUUUUGUCUCUCUGCGGAUUGCAAUUAGUUCCAGCCGUUUGCUGUCCUGUCGAAUUGCCCACCAACAAGAAGCUGCUUACACCGUCCGUUGUUCAACACCAAAGGAUCAUGUCGGCCCCAUCGCCGCCGUCGCAGUCGCAGACCCCAGCACAGCCCGCCUCGGCCGCCGUCGCUGUCUCCCCGCCGUCGUACACGUCGACGCCAGCAACGGCGCCUGCCAACGCCGCCAGCUCGGACGAGAAGAUUGCCUACCAGCCACCGGUUGCCGCUGAAGGGCUGGAAGUCCAGAGACCCAUCGACGACGAGAACCUCCCCGAGGUCGUGCCCCAGCCCGACAACACGCUGCCGGAAAAGGCCGUGACACCGGUCGAACCGUCCCUCAUGUCGAACCCCAUGACGCCGCCGCCGGCGUUCAGCAGCCACCAGAAUGGCAGUCAAGGGCAGACGCAGACGGAGCCUCCCAGGCCGCAGCUCAACGGCGCCUACAGCUCGGGACAGAACAUGAACAUGAUGCCGCAAUCAGGAACCGUCACGCCUCUCCAUCUGCUCGGCGACCAGAGCGACGCCGUCGACUGUCCGUUCUGCGAGCGACGAGCCAUGACCCGCAUCAAGAAAGACCCGUCAUGGCUGACCCACACCGUCGCCGUCGUCCUCUUCUUCGUCACCUUCUGCGGCGUCGUCGCGCCCUACAUGCUGCACUGGUCGAGCCACGUCAGCCACUACUGCGAGAACUGCGGUCGCAAGGUCGCUACUCGGAAUUUCGGUCAAAAGGGCAUGAAGGCAUUAGGUACACCCGAGCACUUGCGGCAGCAGUCGAGAUUCCAGCCCGCGGAGCCCCAGCCUGUGAACGACCAGCAGGUUUAACGUCGCGCGAAAGAUACGGGCGAGAAUAGCGGCGGCGAUGGUAAUGGGGUAAUGGGGUACAUAGGAGGGAUAGCGGGUGGCAAGAUGUUCUUGCGUGUAAAUUUAUCUUCAAUUUGAAGCACAGAGCGCUAUAAUUAUUGGCAUAGGCUUUCUAAUCUAAGCCACUGCACAGCUACGCAACAGGUAUAAUGAGGCCAGCAUCACUCCAUGGCUACCCAGCAAGCGGGUAGUAAAAAGAGAUUGAGACAUGCUCAAAAGAGCGACACACCACG